CUCUCUCCUUCUCUCUAGGUAUAACUGCUGAGGCUCCCUAAAAUGGCUUUACGCUUCCGCACUUUCUUCCCAUACGCCUUACCAGGAGUGCUGGCACUGAUCGGCUGGUGGUGGUUUUUCUCUCGUAAAAAGGAGCGUGCGAGCAAUCAUGACAGACAAACGUUAGCUGGCGUGGAAGAUCAGAGGUUUGAGCCUCCCAUAAAGAAACCUCUGUCCAGAGAAGAAGCAAACGCUAAUCAAGACCUGCCUGUGACGUCAGAAGAGGACUGUCCAGAGAAUGAAACUGUAACUUCUCAGCUGUCCGUAGGGUUAAUGACACCAUCUCUAGCAUGGGAAGCUCCACCAAGAUUAGUUCCCUCCAGGGACCUUCCAGCCACAGCAGUAACGACCGUCGAAUCGGGCACGUUUGAGGAUGACGACAGUGAAAAACUGGAAGGUGCAGCGUCUGAAGAUGAAACCGGGUCCCUUGCACAAGUAUCUCCCCCUCCAGCCCCGAAGAGCGAAGGGUGCUGUGACAACUCUGUGGUUGGCGCCAAACCGGAGUCGACUUUCAGUGGAAUCCCAGACCAGCAGCUGCUGAGUUCAGUGGUAGAGUCAGAACGAGAGUCUCUGGGAAAGACCAGGGAAAAUAGUGCAGUAGAAAUGACACACGACUCUUCGGAGAAUCCGUCUAGGGAAAUCCAGUGCCCAGAAGCGACAUCCUCAGAGACUGACUGCUUGCCAGCCCUUGGCUCUGGACCAGAGAACUCAGCCACUGCCCAGCCUACUGUACUAGAUGAAGAUGAUAGUGAGGAUGUUGAAGGCACUGUCCCAGGGCAGGGAGAGUUGAUAGUUGAGAAAUCACCGAGUAAUUGCGUAGAGUCUGCCUGCUCGGAUCUAUCUGGGGAAGAAGAGAUAUCAGAGAUGACCAUCAGUACUGUGCUUAAAUGUCAGGGAAGAGAAGAGAAGUGCUACAGGGAUACGCAAGCAAAAGGGGAUAGUUUGGAAAGAGAGAGAAUUGAAGGAGUGAGUUUGGACAAAAACGAAGUGGAGAAAAUCGAGCAAGUAGCCAUACAGAUUAUUUCCAAAGUAAUUUUAGCAGCCACUGAGGAAGUGCUGUCUAAUUCAGUCAGCGAGGUGUCUGGUAGGCUGUGUCAAGUCACAGCGAGCCGGGUUGAGACCCCGCUGGACAGAGUGAGCAUUUCAUCCAAUGAGAUGCUUGUCGUGGAAUCGAGCCAAGGGAACAAAACUGUUCCCACCGAGAACGUUGCAGUGAUGCCAGAAGAGAAACUCAAUCGCUACGCGUCGUAUUCCAGCUGUUUGAAAUACGGGCGCUUAUCUAACCCGGUGCCGGGAGACCCGAAAGACCGUCGGCCACAGAAAUCUGCGCAGAGUGAAAGCCAAGGAGACAACCGGACUUUGGUGACAAACCACGGAGAGGCAUUGGAAGAAUCGCACGUGGCGACGGAGGAUUCCGGGUGCAGCGCAUGUACGUCUGAAGAUGGGACGAGCGUCGAGGAUCCUUUGCAAAGCACGUCGCUGUCUCGGCUCUCGAGCCAGCGUUCAGACUUGCUGAGCACGUCUGGGAUCCAGGAUGCUUCUAUGGAGCAGGAUAUGGCACAGAGCGAGGAACUCCAGACCCCUAUAUUAGGGGACGAGGAAGUGCCAUACAGCAAUGGGAUGCUGAAAGGGGACAGUGCCGAUCUGAGACACGAAAAGCCCUGGACAGCAGAGACAGAUGCAGACCACUCAGGAGGUUCAGAUGUAAAUAGCAUGGAUUCUGUGGACAGUGGAUGUGCCCUUGGGAAGACUGAAAGUUGCCUGAACUCCAAGCCAGGAGGAGAGUCCCAUAAGUCUGAGCUCACUAUAUGGGAGAUAGAAGUGCCAAAGCAUUUGGUUGGCCGGCUGAUUGGGAAGCAGGGGAGGUAUGUGAGUUUUCUGAAGCAAACUUCUGGUGCCAAAAUUUACAUUUCAACACUACCUUACACCCAGGACGUCCAGAUUUGUCACAUAGAAGGCUCUCAGCAUCACGUCGACAAGGCGCUGAGUCUGAUCGGGAAGAAGUUCAAGGAAUUGAGCCUCACCAACAUUUACGCUCCUCCCGCCCCGUCUCUGAUGCUGCAUUCCCUCCCUAUGACUUCCUGGCUCAUGCUUCCAGACGGAGUCACCGUAGAAGUCAUCGUCGUGAACCAAGUCAACGCAGGACACAUGUUUGUGCAGCAACACACGCACCCCACCUUCCACGUGCUGCGCAGCCUGGACCAGCAGAUGUUCGUCUGCUAUUCGCAGCCUGGCAUCCCAACGCUGCCGACUCCAGUAGAAGUUGGCGUGAUCUGUGCCGCUCCGGGCUUGGAUGGCGCUUGGUGGCGGGCUCAGGUCGUCGGCUACUUCAAAGAGAACAGCGAAGUGGAGAUCAGAUACGUGGACUACGGCGGGUACGAGAGAGUUAAAAUCGACACGCUCAGGCAAAUCAGGUCUGAUUUUGUAACACUACCUUUCCAAGGAGCAGAAGUUUUAUUAGACAACGUGGUGCCGCUUCCAGAUGAGGAUCACUUUUCAUCAGAAGCUGACACAUCUGUGAGUGAGAUGACCAGAGGCACACCCCUGCUUGCACAGGUCACAAACUAUGACGGUGCAACAGGUCUGCCUCUUAUCCAGCUGUGGAGUAUGAUGGGAGAUGAGGUGGUGUCAAUAAACAGAGCUCUGGUGGAAAGAGGAUUUGCUCAGUGGAUUGACAGUUAUUAAUCAACUCUGAGAGGCCCUGGGUGACCCAUUUUUCUAAAAAAAAAAAAAAAAAAAAAGAAAGAAAACUUUAAAAAUCCCUUUUUUUGCACUGUAUUAGAAUUGGGUUUGGCAAUCCCAUAGGGAAGACCUGUUUGUUUACACCACUGUGCAAACCUCCUGUGGUCCAUUGAGACUUGUUUGCUUGACUGUUACCAUUUCACUCGGAAUACAUACCUCAUUUCAGUGAAAGGCAGGGACUUACUAAAAGCCAUAAAAAAAAAAUACUGUAGCUUUAAAACAAAACCCAUCCCUGGCCUAGUUCUAAGUUACUUUUUUUAAAAAAAGUGGGGUUUGCUUGAAGCUAACAAAACCCCCCUCCCAUGUGUUUAACUGUAGCUGCAUGUCUAUUGCGCAGAUUUCCCUGGAGGUUCAAUGGCUGCUUUUUCUGAAAGCGAUGUUGGCUGUUUCUUUAAAAAAAUAAAUUUGCUGAAUAAACAAGCCAACACAAAAUACGUAAAGGACUUGAAGUUCACUUGCGUGUUGACUUUUUCCAUAUUGUGCCACCAACUUGGCACAGGCUUCAUGAAUCUGAUCUGUUACUGAUGCUGGAGAAGAAAUGCAUUGCAUUCAUGGCACUUAACCCGGCAUACAUCCCAUGGUAGAAAUGUUUUAAUCUUGUGCUGCAUGGGAAGAAAACUGCAUCUGUGGAGACCUUGAAAACGUAGGAUGAAUUACCACUACAACCAUAGACGGUCAAUCUAUGUUCCAGAUUAUGUAUUUAAAAAGAAAAAAAAGAUUGCCAAGCCUAAUUGUAAUUUGUAAUUUUCUAGCUGUGCAAGUCUGUGUAAAUAUAUAUAAAAUCAUUGUAAUAUUUUGUAUAAGAGAAACACUGGAAAUCAUAAAGGGAACUUAAAAGAUUUUUUUUCCACACCAAAAUGUCCUCUGUAAGUAGAAACGGUUUGGAGGCUGUCACUACAGCUGACCAGCUUGGAGCAUCCGAACGUCGGAGUGUUUCUGCUCUGCUGUGUACAGAAUUAGCGUUCCUCUAGAUCGCUGUAUGGUAUGAUUUGUGAUCACUGAAUUCUUUGCUACUUUGCUGUACAGAUCUGUUUAAAAAAAAAGUAACAAUUUGGAAUUGAUAUUGCAGUGGUGUUCUUUCUCUCGAUUUAUGUUGGUCCCUUUUAGAUUGAUAUCAAAUGUGGAAUUUAAAAUUUUGUUCAAAUAAUUUAAGAUAACUUAAUACUAUUAAAAAAAUAUUGUAAUGUACCUGCAUUUAGACAUGUGUAUUGAGUUGGGAUUUGUGGCUGGCUGGGAAGACACUUAACAGGAAAGCGCUGGUAUAAUCAACCCUUGGAAAAUGAGAAUCUUUCAGACCAAUCCAGAGACUUUUUUUUUUUUUUUUUACUUCUGAUGAACUGAUAUGCUGGUCCACCAUGCAGAUAUGAAUGUACCUGCCUACACCAGGACUCUUAUCAGAUCCAUUCAGAUAUGGUUUGAUUGUAUUCUCUUUUAUAUGAAUUCUCUCUAUUUGGGGCGUACGGUUUAAUGUUAGCAAUAAUGAUGUCCAAUGAAAACUAAAUUGAUAACUUGGUUAAAUCUAAAAAAACCAAAAAAUCCUCUUGGAAUGUUUCCCAUUUCAAUUAAAGCUCAAAUUUUAAGCCAUCUUAAUCAAAA